CGCCUGUAGCUGUAAAUUCACAUUCUAAAGAAGAAGUUUGAUUUGGACAAUUUUUUAUUCCACUUGCAUAGUAGGAUGAGCUGCCAAGAACGACCAUGGGGCACGGCUCAAUUUUUGCAGGACUGUGACGAGAAAUAUUGAUAUUUAAGUAUUGGUAUUCUAUUCGACCGUCAAAGUUUUGCAACUACAGCCCUCUCAUCGGCCGGUCGUGUUCGUAAGAUAUGUGUUUGACUUUGAUGUUCUUGUGAAAUAUUGAGUUCAUCAAUCUUUACAGAAAAAAAGAUGACCCGCCCGACUGUAGCGGUAGCGAGUCUUCGUAGGCCGUGUCGUCCCUCAGGGUUCUUUCUUGGUUUGCUCGGUUUUCUUCACCCAACGUUGCUCGUGCGUGCUUUUGUCUACGAAUUCCAGAAGGACCCCGUGCCCCUCGCGUCCAGCUACUGGAUCCUCGGCCAGGUCUAUCAUGAGAAAAAAGUGUUACAGUUACACAUUUGUUGGAGUUUCUGCAUCACAAAUUUUCUCUGUAUAGCAGAGAAAACUUGUAAUGCGAAGAUCAUAAGGGAAAACAGGAAGGAAACGAGGCCCCCAAGCAUUUCCUGCAUGAGAGAGGUUGUCUGUGUUGCCGGUCUUGCAACACAAUGUGUAACUGUAACACUUUUUUCUUGCGAUAAGGUCUCGAUCUCGAACCUGCAUGUGACGGACAAGGAGCGCCCGCAAAUCGUUUUCAACGCCAAGACCUCGGUCGACAAUGCGGCCGCACUGGACACGAUCACCGCGAAAUUGCCAAACGUGCAAAUUGGAUUCGCGCCGGACUACGUCUUUACCAAAAUGGAUGACAAAAACAAAUUUUGCUGUGCGGAUUCGGACGGCUGCGAAAAGGGAGCGGGCACUUUUUCCCUGUCCAGCGCCAAGCGUAAUAAACUUUGGUGAUUUACAACCGAGAAAACACAUCCAUAUUCAACAUCUUGCUACUUGCUUUACGUUUUUACCUCGUAUCUAGGCCACCACUGGCUUCUAAUCUACACAUUGCUAUAAAAAAAACGGGUAAGAAUGCUGGUUGGAAGAUGAAAAUCGACGAAUCUUUUUACCCUAAAUCAUCAAGCGAUCACAAGUCGAAUCAAAUCGCGCAGAUGCUGGCACGAGCACCAUCUAUUCUGCCUCGUUGAAGGAGCCCGCGCCGAUCACUUUCAAUCCAGUGGGCGGCAACUACUUUCUAUGGAUUGCGAACUGCGGAGAUUCUCCUCUCGCUGGGCUCAAGGUGUCCGGGGAGGUAAAGGUGCGUCAGAGCUACGGCUUCGUCCGACCAGAGGAGCUAAUUUGCAAGAAUAUCGCAUUUUACUGGGGUACUUAUGUUUUUUUUUCAUUUUCAAUUUUUGUGCAUGGAGUUGUAGGUACCGUACCCGCGACGGCCGCCCGCGCUCUUUGUUGACGCAGCUGCCGUAAAAGUAAUCAAUGCAUUAUCAACAAGGUCUCCUCGCGCUCGCUUUCGCCGCUCUGUACGGGUGCCAGGUUUGCUUCCUGUCCAGUAGUAUCAAAUGCAAAAAUGUCUGGGUCUGGAAGAUUGCCAGGUUUGUCAUGCGUGUUUUGAAUGAUCCAUGAUGUCUGUGAUGCAUGCCAUAGCAUCACAUAUUUUUAGAGGACUUUAUGUUGCCUCUACCGCAUGAGAAAUGCCCAUGCCCUCUCCGCGUAGCACAAACUGGAGUCCCCCUGCUGGUCAUGCAAUACAAAUUUUUUUAGAAUCCAGCGACAGCAUUACAAGCUUAGAAUCUUCCAGACCCAGACACUUUUACAUUUGAUAAGUAGCGUGAAGGAAGGGAAGGGAGUGAAAUAUUGUCUCCUCACUGCGGUGGCUUUGUCCGCGCUGCGGCUGUAUGCAUUGCAAAUAUGUCGUCUGGAAACUUGUGUUGCUGAUACUCGCAUCGCAGAGUAGCCGCUUCUACGGCUUAAGAGCAUCAGAAGUUUUUCAGGUCUGUAGCGGAUUCAUGAUCCGUAUUAGACGCAUGACAAACUACUGAGUUUCAGCUGCGUGCAUCACAGAUCUUGGUGUCCUUCACAUCUUCCAUUACAAAUUUAGACCCAGAUAACAUAUUUGCAAUGCAUAUGCUACUCGGAGGCUCCUCGUUGUAUUAUUCCUCCUGGAACGCCACGGGCAUCGAGGGCAGCGGGGGCACCCCCUACAGCAUCUUUAUCAAGUGCAAAUAUGUCUGGGUCUGGAAGAAUGCAAGGCUUGUCAUGCUUGUCUGGCAUGACCCAUGAUGCUUGUAAUGCAUGGCCCAGCAUCACAGAUUUUUGGAAGGCUUCCUGAUGCCAUUUUUGCAUGACAAAUGCCCUCCUCGCGUAGCACAAAUGUGGCUUCUCUUGCUGGUCAUGCAAUACAGAUUUUUUUAGACUCCAAAGUUAGCAUCACAAGUUCCAACUUUCCAGACCCCGACAUUUUUGCAUUUGAUAAUCUUGGCGGCGCUGCAAAUUUGCGCCAGCAUGACCCUGUACGAGUUCCUCGCGUCGCAGCACCACCUAUGCAUUGCAAAUACGUCUGGGUCUGGAAGAGUCCGGGUUUGUCAUGCUAAGUCUGAUCGACGCAUGAAUCUGUAUUGCGUGACCAACAAAAGUCUCUACUUUUGGUUACCAGGAGGCGGCAUUUCUCAUGCGGAUUUAGCAUUGAGGAGCCUUCUCAAAACUUGUGAUGCUAGAGCCCACAUUCCAGACCUUCAGGGUCAUGCGAAGGCUGCAUGACAAACGUUGCACCUUCCAGACCCAGACAUAUUUGCAAUGCAUACCACCUGACGGCGUACAACAGCAUUACGGAGUCCUCUGCCAAUAUCAAAAGAAAAAAGUUCGUCACGAUCACUCAUGGGCAUUUUUACAAUACAAAAUUGUCUGUCAUGCGUAAAAAUGCAUGAUCACAGCCACACUUCAUAAGGGAUUUCCCUAGUGUUUCUGCAAUACAAGGAGAAGUUGUGAUGCUAACAAAAUUUGUAAUGCAAAACGUGUAACUUAGUGACUGUGACAAACUUUUUUCUCUCCAUAGCCAAAGGAGACGCAAUCAUGGUGGCCGGCGGGAGGGCAACAACCACGCUGCAAGAGUAUAAUCGGAAUUGGAAUAAAGUUUUUUAAGAAGGCUACGAACCUCGAAAAUUUACAUAUUAAACCGAGUAGCGUAUCAUGAUCCGCGAGGGCCAGGAGCUGCUGCAGCACACCGCACACCUAAUUGUUGCCCCGAGCACUCGUGCAAUGCAAAUUUACUGCCGGAAAUGACAUGUUGAAAUACUUAGUAAAAAUGUGAGCAACCCUGCGCCAUAGCCAUACGGGGAUUUUUACACUGGUCAGGAACAUCAGCAAUUUAAGUACGCGCUAUAAUUUCUUGAUCUGUACGUCGGCUACAAGCUAUACCCACACGACGAGCGGGUUGUCACUGUCAGUGAGCUUGUUGGAAAAACCAGGUGGCUGCUCCUUACGAUUGCGAACGUGGGACUGUUCGUGAGUAUGAUGUUCAUGUUUCUGGGGAUCAUGAAGGUCGAGAACAGACUAUCCAAGAAAAAAACUGUGUUAGUGUAACUUUCUUUGGCUGACAGCAUCACAAAUAUGCUCUACAUGACAGAGAAAACCUGUCAUGCGUGGCUCGUAAGGGAAAACACACACGAAUAGAGGACUUCAUGGCUGUCUGGCAUGACAGGUGUGCCUCUGUUGCAUUUUCUGCAUCACAGAGUUACACUUACACAGUUUUUUUCUUGCAUACCGCCCGCCGGCGUCUUUUUUCGUGGCCGCAACCGAUCCGGCGCAGAUUGCGGGCGGCGGCACAGUAUCCAUUGCAAAAGUAUCGUACAACUAGUAGAAGUCGCAUGACAAAUUUCCGUAGCAUCAGCAAUGGAAUUUGUCAUGGGGAUCCACCUCAGCAAAGAGAUUUGUGUUGCAUGCCUGCAAUUAGUACGAGUAGGAUAGUUUUGCAAUUCAUACACAGCGGACGGGACGCUGUUCUUGGGACUCGAGAAAACGGACUGGGUCGUGCUGGCGAUACUACUGAUCGUGAUUUACCCGGUAAGUACAAGAAAGUAGAUUAGGCGGACUGUUCGUAAUAUGCACCUAAACAGGGUAAAAGUGCUGGGAUCAUGGGAUGAUGUCUUUGUGGUGCUGAACCCUUGAAAAUUUUUGUGAUGCCGAAAUUCUCCUGAUACAACUUCUAGGUAAUGGUUUUUGUCGAGCGCAAGGAGGGGGUGAUAGUAAACGACUUUACGACCAAAAUCUUUUGGCCCGUGCGCAGGCUGCUGCUGACGCUGUUUAGUUGCGUCGUAUUGCUGCAGAUGAUUCUGCAGUACGUGGCCGCGACGCUGGUGAUAUGGACUGCAAGUCUUUAUUUAUGUUGCCUGGGUCUGGAGGAUUGCAAGAUUUGAUACGUUGCCGUUGGGUGGUUGUUUGGUUGGGUAGUUGUGUUUGCGAGGUUUAUCUUUCUUGUCUGACACUGACACAUGACUCCGAGUUCUGUCUCUGUGAUGCAUGAGCGGCACGAGUAGAUCAUCUUGCCUGUUAUGCAAAAACGCCGUGUGCCGCUGCCGUGGCACGCGAAAUACGCGAUCCAUUCCAGGUCAAGAAAAUUGUCAUGUUUGGCGGGGGCGUACUUUAGCUCGCCAAUCAUCUUACUUACUUUCAUUGACUAGCAUUACAACAAUCGUUUCCCGAGGACCCAGGUCGACGAUAAAAAUAUUUGCACGUUCGAUAUGUGACCGAGGCCUCGGGUGGCAUCGUUGCAGCGGAAUUGGAGGCGUCCGUGCGGUGUGCGUCACUCGAGUUGGCGGUCCUGUGCAGCUACUUCUGCAUUGCACACUACCUCUCUGCAUGGGACUCUAUGACGCAGGGCUCCAACUACAGUAUUGUCAGCGAAAAGGACCUCGAGAUGGCACAGGUGGACAAUGCGGAUGAGGAUAUUGACGCAGAAGUAGAAAUAUCAAGUGCAAAAAUGUCUUGGGCUGGAAGGUUGGAGCUUGUAGUGCUAGCUUUGCAUACCUAAGAAAUCUGUAUUGCAUAACCAACAAAAGUUGCAGCCUCUUUUGUACAUGCAAGCACGCAGUUUCUCAUGCGGGUUGCCUAUGAGAAAGCCUUCUGGAAAGUUGUCAUGCUAAGUUGCAUUCGAAACUGUCUCCAUCAUCCACGUUUUAGCAUCACAAGCUUCCAGGCCCAGACAUAUCUGCAUUUCAUAAGAAAAUUACGACCCCGACGAACUUGCGGAGAAGAGACAGCUAGAAUUAUGCCGCGCAAAAGUAUCGUACUCGUACAAAUGCAAGUCUUGCAUUAGUAUUACAAAUUUUAUUUCUCAUGCUGAGGAAAUCGAAAUUUGUAAUGCAUUUAUACGAGUGCGUUAGUUUUGCAAUGCAUAAGAAUAAAAAAGAAACAAAAUAAAUAGAACGAGAGCAGAUUCUUGGCACGGGAAUAAGAAAGUAAAGUUGGUUACUUAUACAUCAUCAACCUCCCGCAUUCAAACCCACUCUACUCCGAAAGAACGGAUGUUGUGACGAAAAAACAGGCGACAAAGAGCAUUUUCCAGCUGCGUAGGUUGAGAUAGACUAAGCAGGACUUCUCGACGCCACGGAUCUGGCUACUUGAUACACCCCAGUACAUGUUCUGACGGGGGAACGACAGAAAGUAGGAUGCACCUUUCAGGAUGGACU